UAAGAACACAGACUGACAGAGAUGUUGGCCAGAUCGUUUUGUCGUGAGAUCUCAUAGGCUCAAAGAAUAAUUCUUAUAGCCUCUGAUCCUACUACAAAAGAAUCUGACCGGGAUCUAUGGAUCAGAAGCUCAAAAAAUAUUCCUUAUUAUUUAUUGAGCAACUGAUCCUACUACUGCAAACAAUCUUGAUGUCAUCUAAGAAAAUUAUAUCAGUUUUAUCCAUUCAGUCAUUCUAUCCCAAAUCAGAAUCACAAUCUUAUAUACUGAUAUACCACAAUGUUGGUGCCCUUCAAUCAAGACUUGUGAUGGAUAUGCAAGUCCCUAAAUCUGUAAAUUUGAAUUUUGCAAUGAUUGGAUGUGGUUUAUCAUUUUUCCUUGCCAUCCUGCCAUCACACAAUGGUGAUUUCAAUACCAUUGGCAUCUACGAGGAUGUGAUCCUUCAGAGUAAUUUCUAUGCUAGUAAUAACAUUACUCAUCCCUCUCUGGGUGCUGGAAUACCUAAUGUACGGACAAUAUUUUCACAGCAAUAUUGCGAAUUAUGAUUUACAGCUUGAAUAUCUUCUAUCCUCAACAUCCUGACAUCAGGGAUUUGUUUUCCUCUAUCUCCUCUUUCAGGCUAGUUAUCUCGGCUUUUUUGUCCCAUAGUGCUUCCCCUUUUUGGGUGUCAAAGUUCCAAAUCCUUUAAGCUGACAUGUUUCCCC